CCAGCCAUCCUCAGUCCGUGUGAGGGUCUCGCGGUAGGAGGGGCGUUGCACUGUCUCCUCCUAUUCACGCGCUCGUCUUUUACAUCCAUGGAGUAGUUUCCGUCACACACAGCGGCUGAUCUAGUACACACGUGGCUGACUCGCUAGGACGCCCCGACAGCAAUGCACUGACAUCUAUAGCAGGCACCAACAGAGGCAGCAGUCGAUUGUCCUCUCUCUGCUCCUGCCCACCCUGCGUGUAGCACAUGAGUGGCGGCCAAGCGCGGGACGAACAGGGCUCUCAACCACUUGCGUGCUCUCCACAUACCCAAAGUGGACGCCAGCAGCACCACGGACAAGCCAGCCAUCACUCACACCACUGUCACCUAAAUGAUCAACUUCCACCACAUCCAAAUGCCUAAGAAGAUGGGGGGACUCAAGCUUCUGUACCCUCGCAGACGGAGCCUCAUCUUCAAAAUGCUCGCCUUCUGCACCUUCCUCGGCUUCGUGGGACUGUGGUACAAGGCUGAUGACCCGGGGAUCGAUACCCAGCCGGACCUCAUGCCACGGAAGGACAGUAAUCAGGAUGGCCCCAAUCAAAUACCUGACCAUGAGAGCGCUAAAUUCCACCGGCCAGACCCUUUAGACCCUCUCGCUGCCCCGGUCCUCCCCAUCAAUAACCGGAUAGACCAAGCCCCCCCUGUGGAACCCCCGGGGAUUCCUGCGCCUAAUAUCAACGUUCCCAGCCCCGUGGAUCAUGCGGAGAGGAUUCGGGCUGAGUUGAUGUUCGCGGAGGAUGAGAGGAAGGUUGUGAGAGGGCUGGGAGAGGCGGGGAAGAGUGUCAAGUUGAGUGGCGAAGAGGAGAAGGUCGCGCAGGAAGUGAUGAAGAAGGAGGCGUUCAAUCUUGUCCUGAGUGAUAAGAUUUCCGUCAAUCGUUCCGUCCCCGACUCCCGCGACCCCCUGUGCAAGACUCUUCAGUAUGACUAUGACCUCCCCAGCGCUUCCGUCAUCAUCAUCUUCACCAACGAGGCGUGGAGUCCCCUCAUUAGGACGAUCUGGUCAGUCAUCAACCGCUCCCCUCGCCGCAACCUCAAAGAAAUCGUCCUCGUUGAUGACUUCUCGGAUAGAGCCGAGCUCGGGGAGAAGCUGGACCUGUACAUCAAGUAUCGGCUGCCUCCGCUGGUCCGGCUGGUUCGGCUGCGGGAGCGCCACGGCCUGAUCCGGGCGAGGCUGGAGGGGGCGAAGGCGGCCGUGGGGGACGUGCUCAUCUUCCUCGACUCCCACUGCGAAGCCAACGAAAUGUGGAUGGAGCCUUUGCUUCAGAGAAUAAAGGAAAGCCGCACAGCCGUUCUGGUUCCCAUCAUAGAUGUUAUCGAUGACUCCACUCUGGAGUAUUACCACGGCAAUGGGCGAUACUUUCAGGUGGGAGGCUUCACCUGGAGUGGCCACUUCACCUGGAUUGAGAUCAGUGAGGAGGAGCAGCGGCGGCGUGGCAGCCCCGUCGGCCCAACCAGAUCUCCCACAAUGGCUGGUGGACUGUUUGCCAUGGAGCGUAACUAUUUCUGGGAGGUUGGCAGCUACGAUGAAGGCAUGGAUGUCUGGGGCGGCGAAAACCUGGAGAUGUCCUUCAGGGUGUGGAUGUGCGGAGGUACGCUAGAGACCAUCCCUUGCUCUCGUGUUGGCCACAUCUUCCGCUCCUUCCACCCCUACACCUUCCCGGGCAACAAGGACACCCACGGCCUCAACACGGCACGCAUGGCGGAGACCUGGAUGGACGGCUACAAACGCCUCUUCUUCAUGUACCGGCCAGAGCUUGAGCACGCAGACUACGGUGACGUGACUGAGCGGCGUGAGCUGAGGAACCGCCUGCAGUGCAAGAGCUUCAAGUGGUACCUGGACAACAUCUUCCCUCAGAAGUUCAUCUUGGACGAGGACUCUGUGGCGUAUGGCCGGCUUCGUAACAAUGCAACAAAACCAGACCUUUGCUUUGAUCACUUACAAAGGAAUGAGAAGAAUCCCUUUUAUAUGGGGUUGUACAACUGUCACUCCUACAUGGCUUCAUCUCAGUUCAUGUCACUGUCCAAGAAGGGAGAGCUGCGACGCGAGGAGAUGUGUGCUGAGGUGCAGUCCUUCAACUCCGGCCUCAGUGAGAAGGUCCGCAUGACUCGCUGCCACGGCAAGCGGCAAAACCAAGAGUGGUUCCUCACACAGACUGGCCACGUGGUGCACAAGGAGAGCAACCGGUGCCUUGACCGCGCCUUCAAGGAGUCCAUGGACGACGUGGUGGUGGCGGAGUGUGCCAACAGCAUCACGCAGCAGUGGUGGUUCGAUCACUACACCACCCAGUGAGCCACAGACUGGAGACCCUGGACUCCUGCAGCAAACAGAGGAUGAUGUAUAAAAUGUAUAAUUACUGGUGCAGUGGACUCAUGGACAGCGUCAGUUCACUGGGCGGCUAGUCAGGGAGGCAGCAGGCAAUGGUGUCCACCGUGUGCGUGAUCCAAGUUCCUACUGUGUGGCUCCUAACUGAACCAAUCACAAGCCAGGGACACAACGUCUGCCUUAUGUGAGGUUUUUAAAAAUAAUUACGUAACUGAUCAUAAGAAUGUCAAGUUUCUUAUGGACAUUUUCUGAUGGCCUUAUGUGCAUGUCAACCACAAAUUGUGCAUUAAGUGAGGAAUAUGAAGAUAUGGAAAACUGCUCUUGUAGGUGAACUGAGUGCUCAUCAGUAAAAAGUUUCUAAAUAACUGUUUUAGUCUGAUUUUUGGCAAUUGUGAGAAACUGAACAGACUUGAAGCUAAGAACUGCCUAAUGAUUCUGGAAGUCAGCACUCUCAGGAAAGGCCUGACACAGAAUUAAAGAUAUGAAAUAGGUUGAAAAUUUCCAUGUACAUAAUGAUAUUUUUAUAUCUGCCAUAUGACAAUUGUCUUGUAAUUAGGAUAUUAUAAAUAUGCUUUGUUUUAUAUGCAUAAGUCCAACCACUGAGCAGGAUUUGUACUGCACAGAAAACAUCAAAACCCAACUCAGUUUUAGUGCUUUUCAAAGUGUUUUCAUGAGCUGUGAAGUGUAACAAUAUCACAUUUCUCUGGGCCGUGGGUAAUGGUAGUUUCUUGUGAAAGAAAAGUCUGGAAGGAGAUAAAAAAGUAAUUGGCCUCCUACUUCAUGGAAAAAACUGCAAAUGGUUCAUGUAGCUCAUCAGUGCCUGGAUGAUGUUCAUGGAAACCCUUGGAUCACUCCCUCAUAACUCUGUGCUUUGAAGUGCACACACACACACACAUUCACUCAACUCUGUCUGCACAACCUCCACCUUCGGACAGGCCAUUACUGUGAUUCUUGCUCAAGGUUACCGUCAUAGCGGGUGUGAAUGAGUGAGGCUUGGCGGGUGAUGUGACCAAACUCUCCUUGACCUCAAAGGUUGGACAGUCAGAAUGAUUUCAUGUUUUCAGUCGCUGAGAUCACUGUCUUGGUUAAUACAUAUCUGUUCACACAACACCAACUCAUCCAUGAAUGUAGAUUUCACACUAAAAUUUAUUUUGGCAAGCAAAAUGUUGCAAGCCACAGAAAAAUAGAUAUGACUAUUUUUUUACACAAAAACAUUUGCACCAAAAAUGCAGUAGUGUGUAGCGUGUACAGGCCGAGUAGUUACAUUAAUUAGAUGGAAUGACCGAAGAUAUAACAACUGUUCAUUUAUAAUGAAUUUACUGGCUAUUUAUCAUGUGUUAAUCAUUGGUAUCAGAAAGAGCAAUGCAGGAUAUUAACUGGAUUGUCUAUAAGUUAUGUUUUAAUUUAACAGAAAAAGUCAUUCUAAACAAAACAGUUUGCUGAAGCCCAAAUGAUGGCGAUUUAUGUGAGGGGUGUGUUUGCUCUCUGUUCGUCUGUGUGUUUGGCUGAAUGGGAUUUAUCAUGAGACUGGAUGGAUUUUGAAUGAGUUGUAAAAGUACUUCAUGCAGUAGUACUGUAUAUAUAUACAUCAAUAUAGUUUUAUAGUAAAUUUGUAUAUGUAAAUAUAUAUUUAUAUGUGAAUAGCUUGAAAAAUUAGGCUGACUUAGAUACUGUACAUCAUAGCUCAUAAACUUUGUCGGAAAUGGAGUAAACUUUCCAAGAAAUUAUUGAGACCAGAGUGUGUGUGUGAGUGUGUGUGUGUGUGUGUGUGUGUGUGUGUGUGUGUGUGUGUGUGUGCUGCAAUGGGAGACUGAAGGAGAACACACAGGAGUGGCUGAGAGCAGAGCAAAUGUUGUGAGUGUUGACUGUCCAUGGAUGAUGUGUGGCCAAGACUGUUCAGGCUGUCUGUUGUGUCUGUCUGUUGCUCAUUUUGUUAUGGUCAGUAAGGUGGUGACGGAGCGGCAGUAUUAUGAGUAACUUCAGUGACGAUGAUUGUGUGUGUGUUUGUACAUACAACAUGUAUUCCAUCCACUUUGUAGUGCUGUGUUACCUCACUUGUUAGCAUGGCAGUGAUGAUGAUGAUGUUGAGUGUGUGUGUGUGUGUGUGUGUGUGUGUGUGUGUGUGUGUGUGUGUGUGUGUGUGUGUGUUAAUUAGAAGUUGUUGGCAUAGGUGGAUAGGCAGAUUAAUUUUGAAUGCACAUAUCAUGAUGCAGAGAUGGCAAAAAAUGUUAAGUACUCUGAAAUUUUCUUUGCCACCAAAAAUACUUGCAGUGGUCGGUUAUACUGUGGAUUUUUAAACGUGAUUAUUUUACCAUAUUUAAAUCAUUAUCAAUAUUUGGGUUUUCAAUGAUUAUGAAGAUUUUCCAAUGAUUUAAAAUGAAUAAAGGAAACACUGAUGUAGUAUAUUUAUUUUUUAUUUAAUUUUCAACUAUGCCCAAAAGAACAGUUAAGGAUAAAGAAGCUCAGAAUGUCACUCUGCUUAAGGCUGAUCAGACAAGUAUAUAGGGCCAUAUUUUAAAUCAUUUCAGUGGCCAAGCUCACAUAUUUAACAAGUCUUUCGUAAGAGUGUGGGUCAUAUCCUUGGGUAGUUUUAUGACCCUGGUGGUAGUUUAACCCAUCUCCUGUACCAUGAACCUAAAAAAAGCACUCUUUAAAAUCCUCCUCCUUUUUGACCUUUGGAAAUAGUUGAUGUGAGAGGCAGAAGCAUCUGAGAAAUUGAGAAUACCAACCUAAGAUCCAUGAAGGUUACUGUUUCUAAGUAUUUAUGGAGGAUAUCGUCACCUUCGUAAACAAACCGCCUAAGUCAUUAUUUUCUACUUUUCAGGAAAUCAGAAAAGAACUGUCAUUGUCUCAUUUGGCUGAAGAGUUAGGCAGAAAUGAAAAGGUCAAUUCUAGAACACUCAAACCCUGAAUGACGAAGGCAACUAUAGAAAAAUGGGCGUCACAUGAAAAUUUAAUGUAAACAAAAACCUGGAAAUUGAUGAAAAAUAACUUAGGCGAUUAUUAUAUGAGGGUGACGAUAUGAGACUGUAGUUCAUCUCCUCACCCCAUAAUCACGACCAUUCGUUCUCAGUAAUCUCAAUGAAUCGUCAAGCUUGCAAUGAACUCCUGGAUAAGUCAGUCUCGCGUUGUGCCUGUAGCGAAUCACAUAUUUACAUCUAACACUAGCUUGAGGCUCAAUGUCCUGUAUCAGGAAGCCACUUUACUAUUUUUACUAAGUACUGACAAACACGUACAUAGAUCACAGAAUAUACUUACUAGGGUACUGAGCAUAUCGUGUAUGUGUGUGUGUGUGUGUGUGUGUGUGUUCUACUUGACAAUGAGUGAAUUUAGUAUGUUCCCAUUGUCAUCUCUUAUUUAUGUUGAUUAUUUUGUAUCUUCGAGGCGUUUGAGAAUGUUGAAGACAAGAUAAUUGUACUUAACACAUUUUUGCACUUUCCUCACAGUCUGGUUGUACGAGAGUAUGAAGCACUUGUUUGAUUCUCGGUGUUUUAUUUGUCCCUCACAUCACUUCUUGCCAUGGAUUUGCUUGUGUUGGAGAGAAAAAAAAGGACUAUCACUACUUCCAUUACCAAGUUCAUGACUAAUACUCCUGGUGCUACUUCCACAUGUAUCCUUAGUUGUAUAAUCACACACUGUACUGCCUGGGGGUUGGGAUGGCAUGCUCCUCCCUUCCCCUUUGUUGUUUACUUGCAACAAUAAACUAUCAAUCAUCAAUACACUGACCCCACGCCAAAUGAAAGGAAAUAGUAUGGAAGCAGUUGUUGAAACCAUGUGAUCGAAACCCAGUGCCCUUGUUAAGUUUUCUUUGUAAUUCGCCCUCUUUUCGUUUAAUGACAUAAUUUUCUCUUGAAGAAAGAAAGAAACAAACAACAUUCCAGCAUUACCACCAAUAUCCAAGGUACUUAAACUCAUUGACCUCCUCUAUUUUUUCACCAUUCAAACUUAUGUCCAUUAUAACUUUUUUUUUUUUUUGCCACAUCAAAGUGACAUAACCAAACGCAAAUAUAAAGUCAUUGUUGAAACCCGGAAUCCAGUGUCUUAGAUUGCGUUGAGUCGCUGAGUAGUAGUUAUUAAGAGUAGUUUCAUAAUGCGCUCUGUCAUAUAUUUACUGCCAGCGUUGUCCAGCAUAUACACUGUCCCAUGGCACCAGUACGCAGAAUAAACAGAAUAAGAAUGUGCAACUACCACCAAGAUCACCAUUUAGCUGCGUAAUGUAAGCCGUGCAGUCAGAGCCAAUAUGAUUCAAAAGCUUCGAGACUGCUUCUAUUCAGGGUUCAGUUUGUCUCAGUUCUAGAGCGAUGGUGAAUCAGUCUUUGGCGAGUUGGCAGCGGCAGCAAGAGGAGGUGGCGCGAAAAAGUGAGUCCAGUGAGGGAGGCGAAGCGUAGGAAGGCGAGGGAGGGCGAGGCAUCCAACGCGUAGGACUUUGCGAGUAGACGAAGAAACACGGACGGACGAGACGGCGGUACAGGAGGACGGUGAAGAGGAGGAGCAAAUAUACCACCGCCAAGAAGGGAUUCCAGGUGAUGAGAUGCAGUGAACAGACAUGUAGAGAUGACAUCGUCCUCAGCAGCGUUGGAGAGCAGUGGUCGACGCCCAAAUCGUCCUGGAGCCCCGAAGGGCCAGCAGCUGUCUCUUCUUCGGGGUUGUCGGACGUGACGGCGCUGUGUCCAUCUAGUCUGCAUUCUUUCCUUGUGGGGGAGUCUUGUCCGUACUGCAGGUGUGUCCAGGCGGGCGAAGUCAGCCUCCCUUGUGUUUUCUCCUCUGCAGGUACUUUUCAUUUACAGCCUCCUAACACCACACCGUACUGUCAGGAGUGAUGGUGACGCCAUGGGAAAGAAGUGGAAACGUGUUCAUUUAAUCCAUGACUCUUAUUUCCCGAGGAAAAAUUGUUGUCAUGGCUGAAACACUUUCCCAAUUUCCAUGAUGUCACUGUCACACCUGACAGUACAGGGUGGUGGCGGGAGAGGCCUGUGACGAAGAAUACCUGCAGAGGAGAACAUGCGAGCGGGGCUAACCUUGACCGUCUGAGAGUUACUGUGUGCACAAGACAAACAUAAGUCUGUCAGGCGGCGUACAUACACCGCGACGCUGUCCCUUCAAGCGCGUUCUUCCGCACAUGGAUCACCCGGAUUUCUCAAUUCAACAGCAUUGCUGAUCUGCAAAAUUGUAGAUCGAUAUAAUAAAGGUUCUAGUGCUA